AGCUAUGUCCGCGCCCCAUAAUGCUGAAGCCUCAUCCUCGAGUGGGGCAACCCGCGCACCACCCACACUACUAGCUUCCAGUACCGCGGAGCAGCAAGCCGCAGCGUUCGAUGCGGAUCCCAACACCUACUUCGACAAGGAGAGCGGGACUUGGCGGUACGAGAAUGAGGAUGGCACGGAGCUGGAAUGGGAUACUAAGAAGAAUGCUUGGGUACCCGUGGUAGAUGAGGACCUGCUAAAGAGCCAGCAAGCCGCGUACUCGGUGGCAGGCGUAGACGAAUCGACCCCCGCAGCGCCCGUCCUCGCUCGCGACAAGAAGAAGCGGAAGCAGCGCGACAAUAACAAUGACGAGCCCUACCUCGGGCCCGCCGCGAAGCGCAACAAGAAAAAGGAGCCCGCGCCGGGCGAGCGAAAGUCGAAGAACACCGCGGUGUACGUGACGGGCCUGCCCGCGGACACGGAGUUCGACGAGCUGCACGAGCGAUUCUCCAAGUGCGGGCUCAUCGAGGAGGACGACCAGGGCGAGCCGAAGAUCAAGAUGUACGCGCGCGACGACGGGAGCUUCAGCGGGGAGGCGCUGGUCGUGUAUUUCAAGGAGGACUCCGUCACGCUCGCGCUGAAUAUAUUGGAUGACGCGGAGCUCAGGCUGGGUGAUGCGAGCACGCGGAUGAGGGUGCAGAAGGCAGAUUUUGCGCAUAAGGCAGGCGGUGGCGGUGGGAACGGGAGUGGGGGAGGAGAGGGUAAUACGGAGAGGAAGACGGUGGACAGGAAGAGGGCUACGAGGCGGAUAACGAAGAUGCAAAAAAAGCUGGAGGAGUGGGAUGAUGAGGAAGAAGGCUUCGGACCCUUACUCGACAAGAACGACAAGAGCCAGUCCAUAAACAAGAAUAGCCGAGUGGUCGUGUUGAAGCACAUGUUCACACUACAAGAGCUGGAGGAGGAUGCCUCAUUACUGUUGGACCUGAAGGAGGACGUGCGAGAAGAGUGCUCUACGCUUGGUGAAGUCACCAAUGUCGUAUUAUAUGAUGCGGAACCAGAGGGCAUCAUGACCGUAAAGUUCAGGGACCCCUUGAGUGCCCAAGCAUGUGUACUGAAAAUGAAUGGGCGGUUUUUCGCUGGCCGUCGGAUUGAAGCCUCUCUUUAUUCCGGAAGGCAAAGAUUUAAGAAGAGUGGUGGAGAGAUUGAUCUUGAGGGCGGGGAGGAGGCAGAGAAGAAGCGUCUCGCCGAGUUUGAGCAGUGGUUGUUAACGGAAGGCGACUAGUCUGUGGCACGUACAACGCUAUGGGGCUAACGGAUGGAUAUCUUAUUAUUCCUACAUUGUCCUCAUCCAAGCGGGGUGUAAGUACAAAUAUUAUGGGGCAAAUCCGCGUCAGUGAAGUGUCGUCUACCAGAAGGAAAAGAACGGCUUGGUGUCUACGGUCUCGAGACGCUCUACUAUGGCAGUGCGUUUCUUGGUACUGUCCAAUUGUUCAGGACGCAUCCAGUCGAAACUGCGUCGGUCUUGUCGGGGCCCACCGUGCGUCGUCCAACGCGGGUUACGUAUAGGAGUGUCCAGUUGUGGCACGGACAUCGACAAAGCCACCAGACCGUUUUCAUGCUCAGCACUGUCGUCGUCUUCAGGGACCGGUGGCAGAUUCUCAGCCCGUGUCGGAGGUGAGAAGAGGGAACUUGACGACGGCUGCUCGGGCCGUCUGGGCGCCUCUGCCGGUUGUGCCUGCGACGUUGACUUGGAUGCAGAGGAAGAUGAUUCCCCAACGUCCAUCUCCUCCUCGUCAUCCGGUAUUCCCGGGUCUUCAGAACCUAGCUUCUGGAGACUCGCUUCUACAGCGUCGAGGCGCUCCAUAUGUUCCAGGACAGUAACCCCCGUUGUCCCAGGAUGCACGCGCUGGUACUUCGCCGAGAAAGGGACAGGCCGUGGUAUGGCGUCGGUCGAUGUCCGCCGCAUUGCUGGCGGUGAAUCUACCUCGCCGUGACUCUGCGCCCUGCGAUGCUUGGACAUCGAGGGCAUAGAUGUGAUUGAUGAUGCAGAGAGUGGGCCGGUGAAGUCGAAAGGAUCCUCGGCAGUCUCGUCGACGA